ACGACCCGAACUCUCCGAAGCGUUUGCCGAUGUCUGCUUUCGCUUGUUGCAAGCUUGCAAGUGAAAAAGGGCAAAUUGCACACGCGUGAGUAACGCUAGGGGCUUCAGCACAGUGUACAUGCGCGUCUGAAGUUGCACCAGCUGCUAAAGACGUCGUCGUCCUGCUAACGGGGCGCAGCAACCACUACUCCAGCUGACAGCCCUGGCUACCGGCCCCCUUCUCCGUUCUCCCGCGCGCUCAGCCCUCCUCUCCACGCCCACCAGCCCCGCCCUUCCCACCCGCCGGCUCCCAAGCCCCUGCCCUCUUCCUCGCCCUCGCUCUCUCCCUCCCCACUUCCCAACCACCAACUGCUCCUCAACCCCCGGAAGCCCAGACCCCACCACCCCAAUCCCCUCCUCCUCCGCUCCCCAAUCUCCCCCCACCGCCCCCCACCGCCCCCCACCGCCCACACGCCACCAUGGGCGGCCUCUCCCUAGACCUCCCCGCCCAGCUCGCCUUCUACGGCGCAUACCACACCCACCCCCUCAACCAACUCAUCCACUUCUUCUGCGUCCCAGCCAUCCUCUGGUCCCUCUUCGUCUGGCUGGCCGCUCUCGGCCCGCUGCUGCCCGCCUCCGCCUCCCUCCCCACCUGGCUGCAACCGCUCCCCGCCUGGCUCCCCCCCGCCUGGUCCGCCGCGCUGCAGCCCACCAACCCCGCCUUCCUGCUCGCCGCCGCCUACUCCGCCUUCUACCUGGCACUGGACCUGCUCGCGGGCGCCUCCUGGGCGGUGCUGCUGGGGCUGCCGCUGGCGUGGAGCGCCACGGUGUUCAGCGCGGGCGGCGGAGUGGCGGGGGUGGCACCCUGGGGGGUGGCGCUGGGGGUGCAUCUGCUGUCCUGGUACCUGCAGAUCCACCCGGGGCAUGCGGUUCUGGAGCGGCGCAAACCCGCACUCAUGGACAGCGUGGUGCAGGCCUUCGCGUUGGCCCCGCUGUUCGUGUGGUUCGAGCUGCUGUUCCUGUUGGGAUACCGGCCCGCGCUGCGGCGGCAGGUGGGGCAGCGGGUGGCGCAGAUGGUGGCGCAGCUGCGGGCAAGCAGGCAGCAGCGGCUGGGGAAGCAGGGCGGCGGGCAGGGGGACCAGGGGCAGCAGUAGAGGUAGCGGGCGAAGUGGUGGUUGCUGCCGGGGAGGCCGCAGUGGAGGUGUUAGCAACAGGGGGAACUUGGGGGUGCAGCAGGAACAGGGCUGCUGGCGGGUGGUCAGAGAGCCCUGACAGUGGCGUUGAUACUGCGUUGCAGUGGCGGCGGUAGCAGCAGCAGCAGCAGUGGUGGAGCGUGGACUGCUUGAUGGGUGUAGCGGGUGUGCGCUUGGAGGGGGAUGGCGGUGGCGGGGCUGCGUUGGGUACCGUUGUACGGCGGUGUGGAAGGUGCCGUACAUCCGUUGGAAGGUGCCGUAUACCCCUUCACCUCCUUUAGUAGCUGCAUGCACGUUGCUGACAGGGCUGGGUUCGAGCAACUCUUACAGGCGUCAAGCCCUGAGGCGGCACCCCCAAUCAUGUACCAAUUAA